AAUGUUUCUAAACACCCUGCCACUCACCGUGAACCCGUUUGCAGAGCUAUACUGCAGCAGGAGCUGCUGAGCUGGGACAGUGGUGUUGUGAGGACAUCCUGCUGUGUUUUAUUAGCAACAUCACUUUGACCCGUCUGAGCUGUCUAAAGGAAAUCCUCCUGCUAAACUCUACAGCACAACACAAAAACUGCAAACCUACAGUGACUCCAAACAUCCUGUAGACCUCAGACCUUGACUCAGAGAAAAAAGACCACGACGAGAAACCGAAUGAAUCACUUAAUAAUGCAGCUUUUAACCUACUCGCGAAUAGUCACGAAUAAACUCGGGGCAGCAUUUUAGUCUGGUCGGGCAGAAAUUGAAACCUUUUGAAAUAUUGACACAAUAUUGCCCACGUUUACUUCCUGCUUGGGUCUUGCUGCCCACGACUCGACUAUGCCCAGUGUACCUGACUGGUCACAUGAUAUAUAUUUUAAUAUGUGUUAGUAUGGAUGUAGAUUACUUCUGAUACUAACCUCAAACUCAUCUGGACAGAGAUCAUUUUGAUCUGAAACCCCCAUAUGAAAAUGUAGUAGCAUGAAUGUUUCCUUGUACAUGUGUGAACUGACCUGCUCUGCACUAUCCGACACAGAGUUCCUGAGUGAGCGCCUCCGGCUGACAAUGACCGAGGGUUUGUGGUCUGCAUGACUGGGGUCCUGGGGGUUCGAGGGCCUCGGGGUCCAGCCAGAGGCCAGUGCUGCUUCAUCUCUGUCCGGUGAGGACGGUUCCGGCCUACGGACCGGGACAGACACGGGGAUGACGAGCGGCAGGAGGUUGUCAUCUCGAUGCCGUUUGGCGGUCAGGCCCUCGGACUGAGUGGGACUCCAUGGCCUGUGAGGAUCCUACAUGGUGAAAAUGAGGUGCCAGUUCCUGAAAAUUUCCGUCUGGAAGAGUCAACUUUAGUGCCUGACCUGAAAGAUGGGGAGGUUCUUGUUCAGACUCUUUACCUUUCUGUCGACCCUUACAUGCGAUGCAGAAUGAAUGAACACAGCGGUGCAGAUUACCUGACUCCAUGGCAGCUGUCUGAAUGCGUGGACGGUGGAGGUGUCGGUGUGGUCGAGUCCAGCUGCUGCAGCACUUUUGCUGAACGAGACGUGGUCACUUCAUUUACCUGGCCCUGGCAGACCCGUGCUGUACUGAAAGGAAACAGCCUACAGAAGGUCGAUCCAACGUUGGUCGGUGGGCACUUGUCCUACAUUUUGGGUGCAGUUGGAAUGACGGGUCUCACUGCGCUGCUUGGUGUAAGGGAGAAGGGUCACGUGACCAAAGGGGCCAAUCAGACCAUGGUGGUGAGCGGCGCUGCUGGAGCCUGUGGUUCCAUAGCUGGACAGAUUGGCCGGCUGGACGGCUGUGUGAGGGUGGUUGGGAUCUGUGGAUCUGAUGAGAAGUGCAGAGCUUUAGUGGAUGAUCUGGGAUUUUCUGCCGCCAUCAAUUAUCGCCAAGAAGACGUAGCGACGAGGCUUAAGGGAUGCUGCCCUGAUGGUGUGGAUGUGUACUUUGACAACGUGGGAGGUGCCAUCAGUGAUACUGUAAUAGCUCAGAUGAACAGCAGCGGCCGCGUGAUCCUGUGUGGGCAGAUCUCUCAGUACAACAAGGACGUGCCGUAUCCUCCACCCCUGAGUGAGGAAACGCAGGAGAACCUGCAAAGAAAGAGCAUCACUCGAGAGCGAUUCAUGGUGCUGAAUUACAUGAGUAAAGCGGACGCUGCUCUCUAUGAGCUCAGCCAGUUUGUUAAAUCAGGACAACUCAAGGUGUUGGAAACUGUCGUUAAUGGAAUUGAAAACAUGGGAGAUGCGUUUUGCUCGAUGAUGAAAGGGGGAAACAUUGGCAAGCAAAUUAUAAAGAUAUCGGAAUGAGGAUAAUCACUGUAGCUUCUCAUAGCGACAGCACUUAUCUUUAGAUAGGAACCCACAGCUGCCUACUUCUCACCACCAGUAAUGAUCACUAAGUUUAGUUAUCACCCACAAUAUUCUGAUUUCGUAAAUUUGUGCUGCUGUAAACUUAAUUUACAGUAUAAUAUCACAUAAGAUGUUCACUAAUUCACUUAUCUACCGCUUUAUCCUCCACAUGAGGGUUGCUGGUGCCAAUCCCAGAUGAAAUAGGGCAAAAGUUGGGUACCAAGGGCCACACAGAGACAACAAUUCACUCUUUCACUCACACGUACGGUCAGUGUAGUGUCCAAUUAACCUCUGCAUGUUUUUGAACUGUGGGAGGAAGCCGGAGAACCUGGAGAAAUCCCACGCAUACACAUGCAAACUACAUAUAAGAUGUGAUUUAGAUCAUUUAGUUUGUAUCAGACUGCCAGCUAAAGUGCUUUAACUCUAAAGAAUGUACAAAAAGGAACUGAAAGCAAACACACAAAGUUUACUGUAAUGAACAUUUUUUUUAUUCCACAGCACUAAAAACCAUUAAUAAAAUAAAAAUAGUGGUUGUUCAUUUCUUACGAGUGUGUGAGAAAAGUGUGUGGCAGGUGCAAAAAUCAUACUCUUCAUUCAUAUUUAUUAUACGCUUCAGUAUUUUCAACAUAAGAGCAGGUGUAGAAAGAGUCAAGUUAACACCAGCACGUCACUUUUACAGUGGAGGCGAUGCAGUCAGUUUGUGCCUGUUAAAUUUAAAGUACAAAAUGGCCAGACAACCAGAUUUAGCGUAAACCAUAAACAGCGAGCUUUUAUACUGUGUUUGUUUGUGGAAAAAAAAUAAAAACAAGUCACAUGUAUAGUUUGGAAAUGGUGGCAAAAUGCAGUACAGUACUUAAAAUCCAUUUAACACUGCCUCCUUGUGGACAGUUGGAACUAUCCAAUAACAUAUCAACAUACAUAUGCUUGAGUUAUUCACUUAAUCGUGCUCCCUUAUAAUGGAAUAUACUCAUCUAUGCAAACUAUUACCAUCAUCAUUGCCUCUAAAUCCAUUUUCUCAGUGUGUUUUGAAAAAAGCACUGAGCAGAUUUUUGUACUAACUCUGGGACAUUUUUGGAGAAAAUGACCAUUCAGUCCAUUUUUGUACUUUUAUCAGUUGGUUCUUGUGGAAAUCCAGAAACCUGGUACUAGAGGAGAAAUGACUGAAUUGAAGAGGAACACAACAGUUUAUGCUCUCACACCUUCACCAUAAAAAAAGAGAGAAAAAAAAAAAUCAACAUUGUGAACAAUACAGACAUGUAAUUU